ACCUACGUGAUCUUGGCCAUGCUGCACAGCGGCUCCAUUCGAACGCAUCUCAUUCCAAGCAAGGCAAACUAAUUUGUAAAACUUGUUUGCGCCCAACUUUUCUCCUCUAGUGGUAGCCACUAAAUUUCCACGAUGCCCACAAUCUGUCCACUCUUCUCCUGGGCGUUGCGGUGUGAAGUCGCAGUUUUGAAAUAUUUCUGAUUUAUUUUUUUGUCUCGCAUUGUAUGUAAAUGUUGGGAUUUCUAUGGGCACACAAUUUGCCAUUGUUGGUUUUUUUUUUUUUUUUUUUUUUUUUUGGGAAAUGAGGCAAACAUCUUCCGCAGAUCGUUGGCUGCUGCUGCUGCUGCUGACUUGCUUAAUAAUCAAAGAGUAACAGUUAGUGCGAGUGUCGGGCAGAAAUAGCCCAUCGAUGAUUGCAAUUCCGGUCGUAAAGAUAAAGAAUCCACUGCGCAGUAUUUUAAUGAAGUUCGUAAUCUUUAUAGGCACUAAACUAAACCCAAGCCAAAUCCCUGAAAAGCAGUUAACAAUAUAACUUUAAAUUUCCCGUUGCAAGUUAAUUAUUUGUGUGCUGUUCCAAUACAUGUUCAAAUUGAAAAUUUAACAACAAGUUCGUGAUAAAGUUGAGAAAACAAUGUACGUAAAACAACAUGCCACUCCUCAACUGUGCAAUGCGAAGUAAACCAAAUCAGCAAGAUCAAGAGCCACCUUAUCCCAUCAAGAAGCUGGAAACCCUGCCCAUAAUAGUCGAGCAAGAGGCGGACGAUUAUGGGCAAACCUUCGAGAAUGGCGUCCAGCUAAAUAGCACCUUUCGCUUGGAUGGAGAAGCCGGCAGUUCGUCGACCUCCCUGGUCUUAAGCAAGUCGAGCAGCUCCCUGAGCUCUAAUGCUUCCGAGGAUUCCCUGAGUGCCACCCUGAUCACCAGUCAACCGUCCAACUCAAGCAAACACUUUGAGAAUACCUACAAGCUGCUAGGUCAGCAUCUGGACACCAAUUCUCAGCGAUCGGCAGACAAACUGCAGCAGCUAAAUGGAUCGGGCACAGAUUUUGAUAGUAUAUCGAGCUGUUCCUCGAUGUCGGCGAUCGUCAACGGGAUUGAGCCACCACCCACACGUUUGGAACUAGAGCUGGAGGCCGUGGAUCGCAUGCGCUGCAUUGUCCAGCAAAUGAAGUCGGGGCCAAAGUCCGUGGAUACACCGCUGGGCGUUUCAGCUCCGCUUUUGGCCCUGCUCCAUGAUUUUGCGUCGAAGGGACAGCGGAAGGCGGAGGGCAGUGUGCCUGGUACUCCGGUGCCGAGUCCUAUCACUGGUGUUUUGGAGGCGCCGCACUUUGAGUUGCCACCUGAGCUACUGCAGGCAGCUAGCAGUUGGGAACUCAUGUACUACGCCUCCAAGAAUGUCGAUGGCAAGAACUGCCUGAAGGUGGUGCGCAGUCUGCUGACGAACAAAGUUCUAUGCGGCAACCGCGUUAGCCAGAUGACUCGGGCGUACGAUGACAUUGAGGCCGUGACGCGACUGCUGGAAGAGAAAGAGAAGGAUCUGGAGCUGACCGUGCAGAUCGGCAAGGAGCUACUCACCCAGAACAAUGCCCUCGAGGCACGGGUCGCCGAUCUGGAGGUCGAUCUCAAGGCCGCCAACGACGAUCGUGCCCAGCUGGUCCACGAGCUGCACAAGAAGAACGAGCUUAUCUCGGUGCUGACCAACGAUGCGGAUGAUGGAACAGAUACUGACACUCCCACCAUGUCGAAGUCCAUUACUCUGGACCUUCUGCAGCGCAAGGUGAACACCCUGCUGGACGAGAACAAAUCUUUGAAGUGUGAGGCAACCCAGCUGGCUCAUCAGACAGACGAGGUGGAGGAGCACGAGCGCCAACUAAUGGCCGACAUUAGUGCCCAGUUGAACGAUGCCAAUUCGCAGUACGACAACAUCAGCCUGGAGUUGGAGCGGCAACGGGAGGAGAACCGACUGCAGCACGACCAGAUCGUGAGUCUGACCGCUCGCCUGGCUGAGGCAGAGAUGCGGCUCCACCAACUGACGCAAGACAACGACGAGCACUUGUCGCUGCUGCAUGUGACCAAGGAGAAUCAGAACGCUUUGGCUCUGGAACUGGUGGAGUUCAAGCAGCGCUAUGAAGAGGUGCUCGCUUUGCUUCACUCGGCCCAAGAUCAGUUAAAGCAACAACGCAAGCGGUCGCAGCCACAGGCCAGGAGUUCCUUCCUCGGCGGUCUGGGUACGAGUGGAGCCGGCAUGGGCGGUGGUCUAUUCCAGCCGGAUUCGCUGCAUUGCGAGCUAAUGGAGUCGUCACUGUACUCAGAGAAUAGUCUGGACUCUGGCAUAUCUGGCGACAGCCAACGGUCUGCAGACCGCAUUAGCCGUAUGAUGAUGAACAUGCCGUCCGGCGGAAUGAGUUCGUCUACCAUGGGCGGAAGCAUCUACGCUGGAUCUGGCCAUGUGCCACCGUACAAACGGGUGUUCGAUACAGUGCGAUGUGCUGGCAAGAGCGGCAACUACAUGGACAGCGGCAACGUAUCGAUGACCCAACUGGGUGCCAUGUCGAUGAGCAGCACCUCGGGGCCGCGCAUGGCUUCCAUGGCGUAUCCAGCAGGCUCUUACUAUCGUGGCGGUAGCAGUCAAUCGCUGGGCGUUAAAACUCUGUCCAGCGAGAGUCUCAACUCCCAGUCUGAUGACGGCUAUCCAGCUCAGCCCUCUGGUGUGCCAGGAGCGCCCGGCGCCAAGGAGCUGGAGGCGGCUCUCAAGAGGCUGACGCCGGCAGAGGUUUUGGCCCGCCGUGCUAUGCUGUCUUAUGCGCCUGCUGGGACCUAUAAUUACGAUGAGCCCAUGGCUCACGGUGCAGGAAACGACCGCAACUCGAACCUCCCGCUGGGUGUGCGCACGCCGGACAGCAUCAUGUCCACUGGUUCCUCGGGAAUGUCGGGCUCCACGAAUCACAUGUCCGCCUCGAUGACGCACCAAUGGCGCCUGCCUGAGAAGCUCCAGAUCAUUAAGCCCAUGGAGGGCUCGCAGACUUUGCACCAUUGGUCUCGCCUGGCCACGCCCACGCUAAGCGGACUGCUGGACGAACGUCCUGGCGUGACUAUUCGCGGUGGGCGUGGCUUGGACGAUCUGGGUAUGCAGAUCUACACGCUGUCGGACGUUGAAGAGGACGUUAGCGAUGAUCUGCCUGGAAAACAGUUCGAGGCGCCUGGCUGCACAUUCACCUAUACCAACAGCAUGGUCAUGCAUCCGGACGAUGGUUUCGUCAACGAUCUGUCGUUCCUCUCGCAGUCGCAGAUGUCCUCGCGAAUGGCCUCCACAUCAACCUCAAGACAACCCAGUUGUCCCGCCACUCCACGUGCUGGACUCUCGCGCAAAAACUCCUGCUCCACAUUCUCGGUGAACCUUGGCCUCGCUGGAAUGCUAAAUGAGAGGGGAAUAAAGGCGGUGACGCCCAGUGCCCUUAACACGCCCGCCGGUCCCAACUUCUCGCCCACGGUGACACCUUGUAAUAGCCCGGAGGGAUCGCCACCUCGUGCCCAGUCUCCCGAGCCGCUCUUUGGAUUGCUCUCAUCAGGUGCGGAUCUGAUCCGCCGCAAGAUCGUCGGCGAUCACCAGCAGCAACAGAAGCAAAGGAGCAGCCUCAGCAAGCAGCAGCAGCAGAAGAUCAUGCUGUCGCACUUGGAGCGACGUGCACUGCGAUCGCUGAACCUGAUCGAGAAGGUGGAGAGCAUUGGACUGGAGAACAUAAUAAGCGCACAGCGUGGCCUUGGCUCGGGAAUAGCGAACCGAAGCAGUUCCCCGCUGAGCAGUGGUAGCCUUCAGAGUCUGCACACCAGCACCAAUAGCAUUGUGGACGAUAUACACUUUGAUCGGGCACAAAUCAAGGGUGUCCUGCAUCGAGGCUUAAAGUCGCCCACGCCCACAACAGCGUCAACAUCAGCUGCAGCGACAGGAGGUGUAGCUAGAUCGACGAGCAGCAGCACCAGCGCCUACAAUAGCGAUGACAGUGACGAUCAGGGCUUAGUGAUGAAGAUCAAACCAUCAAAGAGCACACCACCCACGACAACAACAACAGCAGCACAAAGUCAGCCAACUUCUGGAUCGAGUGCACAAACGACGGCAUCCAAUGGCACGGCGAGCGAAACGCGGCUGAAGCAGAUGCAGCGCCAGAAAUCGCGGAGGCAGCUGAAGAACGGUAUGGCCAGCCAGAGGCCCGACUUGGGCACAAUUUCAGGCGGAGCGGCAGGAGGCGGACGGGUGCGUCCUGAUCUGGGAAAGGUAGUAGACAGCGGCAGCAGCAAGCUGAGCAUCAAGCGAAAUGAAGCGAAGGCAGCGGAGGAGGAAGAGGCGGCACCGCAGAGCAUUACACAGGCGUUUGUGGGUUCAGUUAGUUCCUUGCUCUUUGGUCGCAAGGGCGGUUGGCUGUAAAACUAAUAGCUAUUCAUUCACAACCUUAUUCUUACGCUUGCUGGACUAUAGUUUACUUUUAAAGGAUGGAAAAUAUGCCUUAUGCGAGUUAGAGAACAUUUUUAUUUAAGCACAACGCGGGAACGAGUUGAAUAACGAAACGUAAUGUAAUCGUGUGAACGUUCAGUUGAAUAUAUUUUUUUUUUGUUUAAAGCCCCGCAUAAUGCCUGUCAUCGCCACCUUAAGCAACACUGGAAGAAGGUUUUAGUGUUUGUAGCUGUGAUUUGUAAAUACUUAUAGAGAAAUGUUUAAAUUUAGUAGUUAUUAAUCAAGUACUUCGCAUAUUAUUAUUUUUGCUUCAACUGGCGGCGGAAGUUUAAGAAUCAAGAACGAUGGCCAGUUCAGUUCGUUGAACAUCGAGUUCCAAAGCAGCUAUUUUUACAUUAAACUACAUUUUGCCAAUUUUGUAUUUAUUUUUCCUGUGUUUAUUACCACUUAAACGAAAACGAAACCAUGUAUACAUUUAUUUUUAUGAUUUAUGAAUUGUGUAUAGGGUCAAAGCAGGUGCAAAGUUGUAUAUAGGAAUAACAAAAGGAGAGAAAUCAAUCUGUAACUUGAAUGUGGUUAAGUAAAGAGGUGCAUAUAUAUUUUUUUACACGCGUAUAUAGUUUGCGUUUUUUGCUUUCCACACAAACAAGAGACAGUAGCCCCUUCCCAAAUACUGUAUCACAAAGAUCAUAACUCAAAAUGCUAUUGCUUUGACUUAACUAUUAUUUCGGUGCUUAGUGCGCUGCCCCUUACGAAAAUACAUAAAGUAAAUCGAGAAACGAUUAUUUUUCUAGUCCUAUUCUGGGUCGGUGCUCCUUUGGCUAUGUGUAACUACAGCAUAGCUUCAAAGCAGAGCGCCCUAAACUCGAGACAAAAGAACAUAAGAGCACUGAACAAAUGUGUGAAAAUAUCCUUAUUAAUAGAUUCAUUAAUGAGAAACAGCAUCCAAGAUCCAGUAAUAAAAUGGCUGUUGAUUAGAACUGCACCGAUAGCCAACCCAGCAUUAGCGAAACACGGACACAUGUUAUCCAAACACAGUAACUCGCGGCUAUAGUCUAUUAACAGGAUUCUCAAAUCUUCUGAUGUGUAAAAUUGGAGGUCAAUACUUUUGUUCUUUGACUUCGAACGGUUUUAAUUUGAAGAACGAAAAUAUCAUGGAAUAAGAAAAUAUCGAUUAAGAUCAAGAAGUAACAUAUGUUUAUUGGAGUUGUGCACGUUUUCGAGGAUUUUUGUUUAAUAGCAUUGCAACUGAGCAGUUGACGUUAAAAGCUAAUCGAGUGCGUGCCCAAAAACGUAAAUUAUACAACAAAUUUGGAAUACAGAAAAGAUUGUAAAAGUUAUUAGUUGUAAUUACCAAUAUAUUUAUUUAUAUCUGCAAAAUAAAGAGAACAUCGUUAAA